GAAGGGGGUUCCUUCAUUGCGCUAUCGCGCAUGCUAGAGUUCGCUCGCUGAUAAACCAAGAUGUCAACACACUUGAACUUUUGCAACAGCUUUCUCGUUCAUAAUUCCACGCGUCACAGCACUGUACUGCUCAGAAAUUCACGCUCAAACACCUCUCGAUGCAGGUUACAGCUCCAAGGACCAAGUAAUGGAUCCCCUUCGCUCAGCUUGCAGCAACACCUUAGGACCAGCUCAAGCUCCUUGCGGCAGCGAAGACCACUUAGACAGCCACAGGUGACUGCAUCGGCUGUAGUGUGUGCUGGGACCUCAUCAGAGCAGGCGCCUGCAAAGACAUGGCCAGGCGUCAAGCCGCUGCCACUGCUCCUGAGCAUUGGCCUUGGAUUGGCGCUGCGUUUCUUGGUGCCCAUCCCCAGUGGGCUCACCACGCAGGGAUGGACCUUGCUGUCCAUCUUUGUCUCUACCAUUGCUGGCCUGGUAUUGGAGCCUCUGCCAACUGGAGCAUGGGCGUUUCUGGCUGUCACAGUCUCAAUCUUCACAAAGACACUGACCUUCUCCCAGGCCUUCACAGCAUUUUCCAAUGAUGUCAUUUGGCUCAUCGUCGUCUCAUUCUUCUUCGCCGCGGGAUUCCAAAAGACGGGGCUGGGAGAGCGGGUGGCCAACCUGUUUGUGGCGGCCUGCGGCAAGAGCACGCUGGGUCUGGCAUAUGGGCUGAGCGUGGCAGAGGCUUGCCUGGCGCCUGCCAUGCCCUCCACCACUGCGCGCGCCGGCGGCAUCUUCAUGCCCAUCAUCAACUCACUCGCACUGGCUUCCGGCAGCGAGCCUGGCAAGCCGAGUGCAGGGAGGCUGGGCAAGUUCCUGGUGCAGUCGCAGUUCCAGGGGUCGGUGCACUCCUCAGCCCUCUUCCUGACCGCCGCAGCUCAGAACCUGCUCUGCAUGAAGCUCGCAGCUGAGCUGGGAGUGAACAUCCCAUCCCCAUGGGUCACCUGGUUUAAGGGCGCGGCUGUACCUGCCCUAUUGGGCCUCCUCAUCACCCCCCUCAUCAUGUACAAGCUGGUCCCCCCGGAGGUGAAGGACACGCCCGAGGCGCCGAAGCAGGCGAAGGAGAAGCUGCGCCAGAUGGGCCCCAUGACGCGCGACGAGCUCAUCAUGAGCUUCACUAUGCUGGGCGCUGUGAUUCUGUGGGUGCUGGGCGACCAGCUGCAGAUCCCAGCAGUCACCUCCGCCAUGCUCGGCCUCACCGCCCUGCUCAUGACCGGCGUCCUGCAGUGGAAGGACUGCCUCACCUACUCCCAGGCGUGGGACACACUGUUCUGGUUUGCGGUGUUGGUGGGCAUGUCAGGCCAGCUCAAUGGCCUGGGUGUCAUCAAGUACUUUGCUGAUGUGGUCGGCGGCAAGCUGAUAGCUGCCAACCUGGGCUGGCCAGUCGUCUUUGGCAUGCUCAACAUGGCCUACUUUGGCCUCCACUACAUGUUUGCCAGCCAAACCGCCCACGUCGGCGCCCUCUACGCUGCAUUCCUCGCCAUGAUGCUCUCCGCAGGUGUCCCAGGGGUGUUGGCUGCUCUCAGCCUUGCGUAUGUGAGCAAUCUGUUUGGCAGCAUGACGCACUAUGGCAGCGGCCAAGCAGCCGUGUACUAUGGUGCUGGCUACGUCACCCUGCAGGAGGUCUUCUCAGUUGGUGGCAUCAUGGUCGUGGUCAAUACUAUCAUCUGGGCUCUUGCUGGUGCUGUUUGGUGGAAGCUCUGUGGUUUCUUCUGAGCCUCCUGAGCCUGAGGCUGGACGCUGCGAUCCACUGACAGUGAAUACUGCCUAUAUUGCAUGUGGUUGGUGCAAAAAUGAGUUGAGAAGAGACAACUGCGGCAGAUCUUGAAUGCACUGAGCGAUCUCAUCGUUGUGGCCAGGCGUUCUAAGCAGGCCGCGCUAGCAUAUGUGUGCCUGGCGCUAGGCACGCACAUGAUCUUACACAAAAUAAUAAAUGAGCAUGCAUGAUACCGAUGAUGAUCAUGGUGAUCCCAACAAUAAUGAUUGUAACACAUAUAUCGAGAUG